AUGGCGCUCUUUGCUUCAAUCUCCACUUCUUCACUCUCUACAUCAGCUACCCAAAUUCCACGCCCUUUAAAGUUUAAGAGGCGAAUAUUAUGCCCCUUAGCUACUUUAAGUCCACCUUCCCCGGAAUCAUCAGUCCCAUCCGCAUCAGUUUCCUCCAAGAAACAUCCAUCAACGCCUUUGGUUGAGUCAUCUGGACCUCCUCCUGAUUCAAGCUUCAACUACUCGCUUGCUAAUUCAUCUGCUAACCCAGUUGUCCACUUCCUUCGUUCCACUGAGUCAAACAUUGAGAGGACAAUUUUUGACUUUCGCUUCUUGGCGCUUCUGGCUGUAGUAGGCUCGCUUGCUGGUUCCCUCUUGUGCUUUCUGAAUGGCUGUGUUUAUAUUGUUGAUGCAUACAAAGUUUAUUGGACAAGCUGUGUCAAAGGAGUUCAUACAGGACAGAUGGUUCUACGCUUAGUUGAAGCUAUUGAUGUUUAUCUUGCUGGGACUGUGAUGCUAAUAUUUGGCAUGGGCUUGUACGGAUUAUUCAUCUGCAAUGUGUCUCCUGAUGCACCUGCUAGCGUUGAUCGUGCCCUUAAAGGCUCGUCCUUGUUUGGAAUGUUUGCCUUGAAGGAAAGGCCAAAAUGGAUGAAAAUCAGCUCACUUGAUGAACUGAAGACAAAAGUGGGACACGUUAUUGUCAUGAUUCUUUUAGUAAAGAUGUUUGAGAGGAGCAAGAUGGUGACAAUAGCCACUGGUGUAGAUCUACUGAGCUAUUCUGUUUGUAUUUUCUUAUCAUCAGCUUCUUUGUACAUCCUUCAUAACCUGCACAAAUCGCAUCACCAGAUGCUAGAUAUCGUUCAAGAUUCUAAGCACAUGGAAACUUCAGAAUUAGAAAUGAUAAUGGGGAAAGUUCCAAUUCUUGGUUUGAUUCUUGCAAUUCUUGAUGUCCUUACAGGAGAAUUUGGUUGUAAUGGAGAUACCCUUUACAAGCAUUGUUCUCUGUCUGAUGUAGUAGCUCUUACAGACUUCAAAAAUGGACUUGAAGAUCCUGAGAACCGGCUCUCGUCAUGGAAAGGGACAAACUGUUGUCAAUGGAGGGGAAUCGGGUGUGAUAAUACUACUGGAGCUGUCAUUGCCAUCGAUCUUCACAACCCAUAUCCAGUAAGCUCUGAAGGUUCUUCAAGCAGGUAUGGAUAUUGGAACUUGAGUGGGGAGAUUAGACCUUCAUUGCUAAAACUCAAGUCCUUACAGUACUUGGACUUGAGUCUCAACACAUUUGAUGAUAUCCCAAUUCCUGAGUUCUUAGGAUCCUUGAGAAGUUUGAGAUAUUUGAAUCUAUCAGAGGCUGGAUUUAGUGGUGCAUAUCCUCCAAACUUAGGAAACCUCUCUAGCUUGCAGUUUCUUGAUGUUUCUUCUCCCUUUUCAGGUCUAACUAUUAGUAGCCUUGAGUGGGUUAAGGGUCUUGUCUCACUGAAACAUUUAGCCAUGGAUGGAGUUGACCUUUCCAUAGUAGGAUCCAAUUGGGUUGAGGUAUUAAACAUGCUUCCACGUUUGGCUGAAAUUCAUCUCUCAAAUUGUGGUCUAUCUGGCUCCAUUUUAUCUCUUAGCCCUGUUAAUUUUACUUCUCUUUCUGUCAUAGACCUUAGUUUCAACUUCUUUAAUUCAAUGUUCCCUGACUGGCUUGUUAAUAUUAGCAGCCUAUCCUAUCUUGAUUUAAGUAGUUGCAGUUUGUAUGGUAGGAUUCCCCUUGGUUUUAGUGAGCUACCAAACCUUCGGUACCUGAGUCUUGCUAUGAACAAUAAUCUUUCUGCGAGUUGCUCUCAGUUGUUUCGUGGAAGUUGGGAAAACAUAGAGGUUCUUGAUUUUGCCACAAAUAAACUGCACGGAAAACUUCCUUCUUCCAUAGGAAAUAUGUCAUCUCUGACUAACUUUGAUCUUUUUUCCAACUCCGUCGAGGGUGGGAUUCCUAGCUCCAUUGGCAAACUUUGCAACUUGAAAAAUUUUGAUUUAUCUGGCAACAACUUGACGGGUAGUUUGCCUGAAAUUCUUGAAAGGGCUAAUUGUGUUUCAAAUAAUCCCUUGUCUAGUUUAAUAUACUUGAGACUGAGUGGCAAUCGUCUAGUGGGCAAUUUGCCAGAAUGGUUGGGUCAUCUUGAAAAUCUUGCAGAACUUUCUCUGGACGAUAACAUGAUUCAAGGUCCAAUUCCUGUUGCUUUAGGUCCUAUUCCACAAAACCUAACUGAAUCCAUGCCAGACCUAAUCUUUCUCUCUCUUUCGAGCAACCAAUUGACAGGAGAUAUCCCAGCCUCAAUAGGAGAUAUGCUGUCUCUUCAAGUCAUUGAUCUUUCACACAACAGCUUAGCAGGCAGCAUUCCUUCAAGUAUAGGGAAUUGUUCAUUCUUAAAGGCUCUAGACCUUAGUCACAACAGUAUAUCCGGGGUGAUUCCAGAAUCUUUAGGUCAAUUAAAUCAGCUUCAGUCGCUUCACCUGAGCAGCAAUAACCUCACAGGAAACUUCCCGCUAUCUUUGCAAAAUUUAUCGAGCUUGGAAACAUUGGAUCUUGGAAACAACAGACUAUCAGGUAAUAUUCCACUGUGGAUUGGAGGCGGCUUUCCAGAACUUCGAAUACUCAGCCUAAGGUUAAAUGCAUUUGCUGGUGAAAUUCCAUCCAGUCUGUCAAACUUGAGGUCGCUGCAAGUUCUUGACCUUGCAGAUAACAACUUGACUGGAGCCAUUCCAGUCACUUUGGGAGAUCUUGAAGCCAUGUCGAAGGAGCAAUACAUAAACCAAUAUCUACUUUAUGGGAAGUACAGAGGCCUGUACUAUGAAGAAAGCUAUGUGAUGAACAUAAAAGGCGGUCCUCAAAAAUACACCAAAACCCUUUCCCUAGGCAAAAAAACCGUUACUUUUUGUACCCAGAUGAGGAUUUCCGUAAUUUCUAUGAACAAGAAAUCCAUUGCCCUUUUUAGUGCUCAAGAGUUAACCAGUGGGUUAAUAUUGUUGGUUCAUGUGAUGGGAUUAUAUUGUCUGGUUGAUGGUGUUCUCACUUAUGCUCAUAAGGCUCUUCUUUGGAAUUCUAGUAUAAGACAGAUUGUUAAACUUCCUGAGCCAAAUUUUACUCUCAUCACUCUUGGAUUCUGUAUGCAUUCACUUGGACUUGGAUUUUAUUCCAUCACUGAAGAUUAUAAGUUGGUGGGAGUGGUCUAUGAGGAACGUGGUGACUUUGAUGAGGUUCCUCCAUUUGUUGAGGUUUACAGCCUGCCUCAAUUCCUUUCACUAGACCCUCUUUCCCUGUUUUGA